GAGAGAGAGAGCGGGAUGCUGACAGAUUCCUGAUAGAUGGCUAAAAUGGCGAAAGCGUGCUCGACCCCAGCGAGCCACCAAACUGUAGUACUGUAGGUCGGAACAUGUAGCCUAGUUGCUGAAGCUGGAUAUCUCUGUGUGUGUUUUUAGCCCCAGUCUAUUCACCUCACGUUGUCUUCUUGGCAAGUGCUGGAAUAUUUUCUGUAAGUGUUUAAAUGGCAUCCACAAGGCACCGCCGCCUUGUUCCGUGCUUUUUGGGAAUACUCGUAAAUGCUUUAAUCGGUGUGAUGUGUGAAGCGGAGCUCUCCUUCACACUGGAGCCCAGUGACAUCAUCGCUGUACAGGAGCAGCCCCUCGUGCUCCACUGCCAGGUGAACGGCAUCCCCCCAAUUACGACACAGUGGAGGCACAACGGCCUGCUUUUAACUCAGGAUCAGCAUCACACCACCUUCAUCAAUGGCUCACUCCUGGUCGCUCACUUCCAGAAGACCAAAUCUGAUGGCUCAUCUGACGAGGGCGACUACGAGUGUAUGGCCCAGAAUUCCUUUGGGCUGGUGGUGAGCCGCAAGGCCCGUAUUCAGGCAGCCACCAUGGCAGACUUCCAUGUCCAACCAGAGUCGGUACAUGCUGAGGAGUCCGGUGUGGCUAGAUUCCAGUGCCAGAUCCAUGGUCUGCCAGAGCCCCUCAUCAGCUGGGAGAAAGACAGCCGUCCGGUGGACACCAAGGACGAGAGGUACACUCUUCUGCCCACAGGUGUUCUGCAGAUUACAGGAGUGCGUGAGGAAGACAGUGGGAAGUUCUGCUGUGUCGCCCAUAACAGUGCAGGAGUGAAACACAGCACAGAGGCACUCCUCACUGUUUCAGGCUCUCAGUCAUCUGUUUACAAAGAGCCUAUGAUAGUGGUCGGUCCAGAAAACCUCACUCUCACUGUUCACCAAACUGCUAUCUUGGAAUGUGUUGCUACCGGAUACCCUCGGCCUAUCGUAUCUUGGAGCAGACUAGACGGCCGUCCCAUCGGUGUGGAGGGAAUCCAAGUACUCGGCACAGGGAACCUAAUGAUCUCAGAUGUGGGUGUUCAGCACUCAGGGGUCUACGUGUGUGCUGCUAACAAACCUGGGACCCGUGUUCGUAGGACUGCUCAGGGACGUCUGGUGGUCCAAGCUCCAGCAAAGUUUGUUCAAGCUCCGCAGUCCAUCGCUCGGCCUGUCGGCACCACCGCCAUCUUCACCUGCCAGGCACAGGGCGAGCCUGAGCCCCAGCUCACCUGGCUGAAGAAUGGGCAGAUUCUGGAGCCCGGGGGACACGUCAAACUCAGGAACAACAACAGCACACUGACGAUAUAUGGUAUCAGCGAGGAUGACGAGGCUAUCUACCAGUGUAUCGCUGAGAACAGCGCCGGCUCCACGCAGGCCAGUGCCCGCCUCACAGUUCUCUGGGCUGAUGGACUGCCUGGUGUGCCCACCCACGUGCAGGCCGAAGCCCUCUCACCCACCAACAUCCAGGUGUCCUGGAGGGAGCCUGAUCAGAACACUGAGGACAUCAUCGGUUAUGUGCUCCACAUCCGCAAGACUUCAGACACAGCGGAGAUGGAGUAUGAGGAAGCCGUCAGUAAGGUGACGCUGCAGCAGAUCAUCAGGGACCUGGAGCCCUCCACCAGUUACACCUUCUACGUCAAAGCCUACACAUCCCAUGGGGCCAGCAAACCAUCUGACAGUGUCACUGAGAGCACUCAUGGGGAGGUGCCAGCGCCUCCUUCCCUCUACACCAAGGUGGUGAACAGUAGUGUUAUACAAGCAACGUGGGAACCUUUCUCCAAGAUGGGCCAACAUCAAGGCUUCAGACUGUAUUACAGAAGAGCCCACACGCCGCUGUUCACUGGUCCCAUCACCUUCCCUCGCAACGUCACCCAUUACAACAUCACUCAGCUGGAUCCUGCACUCGUCUAUGAGAUAAGACUGCUUGCAUACAACCAACACGGAGAUGGCAACGCCACCAUACGAUUUGUUUCGCUUCGGGAGACGGUGGAGAAAUCUGUGUUGGACGCCCCAUGCGACUGUGUGAAAGACGAACAGAGCAAAACAUCUACGACAGGCAUCAUAAUCGGCAUUCACAUCGGAGUCACCUGCAUCAUCUUCUGUGUGCUCUUCCUCGUCUUCAGCUACCGUGGCAGGUUAAUGAUGUGUAAGACGGUUCAGGCCACCCCCCAGGCAGGACACAGCACAGGGCUGGAAUCCUCUUCCUCUUCCCAGGGGCCCUCUAGGCUGAAUGGGGCUGCCAGAAGAGAAAUGGAGGUCAAUGGCAGCUUAGCGGGGAAGAAAGUGGGCGACAGCAACGAGCUUGAGACACUUGUCACUCAACCAACCACACACAAUACAUGCAUAUCUGACUGCUACGUGCUGAACGACACCCAGCUGUGUACGAUACCGCUGGAUGAGUUUGCAGUAGAGCGAGAGACGCAGUUCCAGGAGCCUCCUGCAGCAGGAGCGGCUCGGCAGGACCAAGGCUAAUCAUGUAUGAAGGCCAGUUCACACAACACUGUCCACAGUGUCCACUCAGACUCUUCUCUCACUCAGGUUGACAAAUGUUUCCUUUCUAAGUAGUUGUUCCUUUUGUGCAAAGAUUUUUUAAUUGGUAAGUUAAGAAGUUCUCUCGAGGAUGUAGGACUGUAUAUUGGCAUGUUUUUUGGCGAGAGCUCUCUUCUGAUGGACAGCUGUGUCUCGCCAGGCAGCCCAGUUAAAUGUUCUUUAUUUUUUACAAUUUGGUCUGGUGUUGGGCAGUCCACAGAAUAGAGACCCCAGAAUGUCCUUGUUAUACAAUGAUGGUUUUAUUUUUAAGUUUAUAAAUAUAUAUAUAUAUAUAUAUAUACAUAAAUAUCUUUAUCACUUAUAUGUCAAAGUGGUUAUAAGUUAUUAGUCUUUUUUCUACUAUUCUGUGGAUGUCAAAGACUCCUGCCGCCUGCUUUCACCUACCAAUGAUUCCACCUUCUCGCUCACAGAAGACCUCAGCCUUCGUCCAGGGAUUUGAUGUAUUCUGUCUCAGGACUUUGUUUAAGUGAUAUCAACUUUUUCUUAUGAGUUCUUGGCCUUCAUACAAACACUAGACUUGGCUGUGUGAACCUUACGAUUCAACAAAAACCUACCUCAGCCGGAAUGAAUGUGUUGCGGGAAGCUUUUAGGAACUUUACCUUCCCCUGUGUUCACAAUUACUUUACAUGCGGAGGAACUGAUUGUUAGUGAUUGAUAGUUUGAAAAUUUCAAAAUCAGGUGCCGCACUACCUCAGAUGUCAAGAAUCGUCUCUCUUCUCCUGCUUGUCAAAGAAAAACGGGGGGGGAAAAAACAAGUAUCCAACAUGAAGCACUUCCAAAUGCUGAAGUAAAUGUUCUACCUCAAGAUAACAAUGUUAAUGUUGUCGCUGUUGUUGUUGUUGUUUGUCUGUUUAUUGCAUAAUGAAAACCCUCUUUUCGCCCCUCUGUGAAAUCCUGGUUUCCCUCUGUCGAUGAAUAUGGUGUUUGUAGAUACAAUGUCAGUACCUCAUGCAAGUUGACAGACUGAUAACACUGUUGUAUGGAUUACAGAAUGAUAGGACGAUGUACGAAUUAUGCUUUUUCAUUGUACAUUGUUAUUAUUAUUUUUAUUUUAUUCGAAAGAUCAUAAUUCUGUUUUUCCUAUAGUUGAAUGAAAAGAGCGUUAGAGAUACACUGUAUUGCUAAACAUAUUUUCAGGACUAUCACGUGAUACAUAAUGGUCAAUUGGAAGAGAGGCAAAAUAUUACAUUAUACAAACAUAUAUGUGUCUAAAUUUAGCGCUAUAAUUGAAUUUAAUGUUUUAUUGAUUUAAUGUUUUUAUAUGUAUAUGAUGUUUGUAAAACAAGAAGAAAAUUAGGCACAAAUCUUAUCAAAAACAUUAUUCCACUGUUGUUGGUGUAAUGACUUAAAGGGAAUAGUUUCACAUUUUGGCUUUCUUGCUGACACUAAGACGAUACCACUUGUGUCUUUGUGUUAAGCUAUAGCUGGUAGGCAAUUAGCCUAGCUUAGCAUGUAUAGUACAG